AUGUUGGGAUUUUUCCAUGGAAUGUUGGGAUUUGCUGGGAAUUCCCAAUUUCCCCCAGACCGGGAGCUGCGGGCGGAGCUGGAGCUGCUCCGGGGGAAUUUCACCGGAAUUUGGGAGUCGGUGCAGCAGGAUCAGACCCGGCUCCAUUUCGGGCUCCGGCAGCACCAACUGGAGCAGCAGCAGCUGGCGGCCCAGCUGUGCCAGGCCCUGGGCAGCCCCCAGCCCUGCAGCCCGGGCUGGCUCCAGCACCGUUCCCGCUGUUUCUCCUUCUCCCGGGACGCCCUGAGCUGGGGCCGGGCCCUGAACGCCUGCGCUGACCUGGGGGCGCAGCUGGCAGUGGUCAGCGACCAGCACGAGCAGCUGUUCCUGCUGGAGCACAGCGAGCGCAGCAGCUCCUACUGGCUGGGGCUGAGCGAGGCCGAGCACGGGGGGCGAUGGCGCUGGGUCACCGGCGAGGAGCCCACAUUCCUCUUUUGGGACGCGUGGCUGCAGGAGGAGCAGCGGGGCCGGGGCUCGUGCGGGGCCCUGGGGCCCAAAGGGCGCUGGGUGAGCGCCGAGUGCUCGGAGCCGCGGCGCUGGAUCUGCCAGAGGCCCAAUCGGUGCUAA